CAUGUCCGACUAGCCAAAAAGUUUGAAGGACUAGUGGCAAAAGAUGAGAGAUACGAAGUGGUAAACAAAGUGGUUGUAGGCCUAGUUUGUUUCCGUUUGAAGGGACCCAACAGCCUCAAUCAAAAACUUCUGUCCGCUAUCAACGCUUCAGGAAAGCUCCAUAUGGUACCAGCAUCUUUGAAUAACCGUUUCGUAAUCAGAUUUUGCAUCUGCGCACAACACGCCAAAGAAGAAGAUAUUACUUAUGCAUGGGACGUUAUAAAACAUUUCAGUGAAGAUUUACUUGAAAUUAUGAAAUUGGAAAAUGAGGAAAUAAAGAAGCAGGAGCCGUGGCCGCGAAAGUCGAACUUAAAACCUAUGGAGCUUCCCAAGAGAUUAGAUACGAAUCUCACUUUGACUCAGCUCAAACCCCACAUCUUGAAGCGUACUCGGAGUGAAGGAUAAUAGAAUACAACAGGAAGUGUUAGAAGAGAAUCGAGAGGAGAAGGAAAUUGAAAAAAGACGCUGAUAAAGUAUUUGUUUUGGAUCGUAAGAAACGUCAGAGUUUGAGAUACAGACGGAUAUUGUACCCUGGAACAAGUGUCUGGAAAUAUGCCGAUAUUUUAUUUGAUUUACGCUAUUUGCCA